AUGUAUCGAGGUCUCGGCGGGUUCGCGCCGUCAACGGCGGCCGUCGCGGAGUCGUUUUCCGCCGCGUUCCAGUGCGCGUCAGAUUCACCGGAUCUGGACACGGAGGGUGGGCCCGUGCGAAUCGAAGGAGCGAGGGUUCUGGGUCCGCUGGACGACUAUAUCGAACCUGACAAUAACGAGCACGCGGAGCUGGAACCUCGGGAUGGCCACGAACCGCAGCAGCUGUCGCAGGACGAAGUUCCACGUCAGCAGACGCGUAAGGGUGCUGUCGGCAGCCGUUUUUUCGGGCAGCAGAAAAGUUCAGUGGCGGAUAGUAGCCCAGUGAAAAAAGGGAGGACUCCAACUCAAGAUUUCCGUGCGGGACCAAGAGUUGGUCAAGACGCCAGUAUGCCGUCAGAUCGUGUGCGAUCUGUAAAAGGGAUGCUUACUAACGGGAGUGCUAGUAACGGGAAAGCAGGCAGCGGCGCUCGCAGUAGCAGCACAGAGCCUGUGGCAAUUCCCAGACGAACCCUCAAGAUCAAGCCGCUUCAUCAGCUGACGAAACCUGUCCUACAGCCCGACCGUGCUGCUGCUGGUGGUGCUGCUGCUGGUGAGGAGGGGAAUGAAGGCGACGAGAAAAGAAAGGGACCAGGAGGCUCGUCCGCGUUAGUGUCGCCUCCGCUUCCGUCCAUUGACUCGUUCGCGCACACUCGCCGCCUGCAGAGCCUGUCGAGCUUCAAGCCACGGUCUCGCCUGCUUGGGCGGCAGUCGCAAGGGAGGGAGGUAGGGGAGAAGGGAGGCGUUACUGCCACUGCUGGCGCUGCUGGCGCUGCUGGUGCUUCUGGUACUGCUGGUGCUGCUGCCACUGGUGGUGCUGGUAACCCGUCAGGUAACAGCAGCACUGUGUCGUUCUCUAGCCGAGCGUCCCAGCUGCAGCAGCAGCAGCAGCCGCUUGUACUGAGGCCCUUCCGUGUUCCCAGGCGGCUGAACGCGAACGCAGCGGAGUUAAGCGAUCGUGAGGAUACGUCGUGCACGACUGCUGCUACUGGAGCGUCCAGUAACGGGGAUGGAGUGCGGGGAGGGUCCCUGGGCGGCAGGGUAGCAGGUGAUGGGGACGGUGUAGCUAGGGACGGGUUUCGCAGGCUGCAGAAAGGUGGGCGGGGAGGUUUGGCCGGUAGUGCGACCGCAGCCGCCCCUGAAGUGGAUCAGAUGAGGAGUGAUCAGGUAGAGGAUGAGAUAGAGGGGUUUAGUGUUGGGGAAGGAGAGGGGAGAAGAGAGGGAGAGGGUUUUGGGCGUGCAGAGAUGUUGACAGAGUCGUCCCGUGGAGGAGGAAUGGAGGUGGGAAGAGAGGGUGAUGGGGGGAUGCAGGGGAAGAGGAAGAGGCGAAAGAUCGUUCUAGUGGGUAGCGACGGCAGUGAUGGGGAUUAUGAAGAGGAGGAGGAGGUGGAGGAGGAGGAGGAGUGGGGGGAGGGGAAGAGGGUUUCACCAUUAAAACGAGGGGAUGAUGCAGGAAGGGGUGCUGCUGCCACCAAUGCAGCCACUUUCAAUGCGAGGCGGUUCUUUGGAGUGAGGCAGCCCCGGGACGGCCCUACCCAGGGGGGUCCGCAGAUGGGCCCCGGCAGCAGCGGGGCCGUGCAGAGGGCGGAGCGGGAGGAGCUGCGCGCGCGCCUGCUGGCGCUGCACGCCCCCAGCAAGGGCUGGCGCUCUGCUAGAGACCCGGAGGGGAAGGGGAAGAAGGGAGGGAAGAAAUCGGGGAAGGAUCGGUGGGAGGACGAGGAUGAGGAGGAGGAUGAGGAGGAUGAUUGGAUUGUUGAGGAUGAUAUAGACGAGGAGAUAGAGGAGGAGAUUGAGGAGUUGGAGGGUUUAGAGUUGGAAGAGGAGGAGGAUGAGGAUGAUGAAGAGGUGUUUGGUAGGAGGGGAAGGAGGGUCACGAAAGGGAAGCAGAAGAAGGAUGAGUGGGUGAGGCGGUCGGGGCGGGCUAGAAGGCCGGCUAGGUAUGCCCAGAGCGAGGAGUGGGAGGGGGAGGAGGAGUGGGGAGAGGGCGGGGAGGGUGGUGGGGUUGGAGGAGGAGGAGGAGGAGGAGGAGGAGAGGGGGGAGAGGGGGAAGAGGAGGAGGUAGUGGUGACGAGGAGGAGUGUUCGUGCAGCAGGCAGGGCGGCUGUGAGAGGCAGACGGUCAUUGGAGGAAUGGGAGGAGGAGGAGGAGGCGGAGGAGGAUGAAGAUGAGGAGGAGGAAGAGGAGGAGGGAGGGGAGGGGGGGAGGGAGUACAGAGAGAAAAAGGAGCGGGAGAGUGAUCCUGUACUGGAAGCUCUAAGGAAGUCUGAGCAGAUCGCUGCAGCACUGAAGCAGAAGCUGCUGCUGUCUGCUGGGCGGAAGCAGGGGGAAAAAGGGGAGAUGGGGGGGUUGGGGGAGAAGGGGAAGCGGGGGUUGGAGGGCGGGUAUGCGGAGACGGAUGAGUCGGCUGCAAGGCUGAUCUCACAGGAUGAUGUGUCGGCGGCGUGUGGGGAGAGCGUGCAGCUGAAGGGGUACCAGCUGGUGGGAGUUAACUUCCUGCUGCUGCUGUACCGGCAGAAGGUCGGGGGAGGUGAGUGGUGGUUUUUGAGGAGCAAACAGGGGUGGAAAUGGAAUGUGAAUGGUAUUUGUGGCGUGUGGGGAGAGCGUGCAACUGAAGAGGUAUCAGCUGGUGGGAGUCAACUUCCUGCUGCUGCUGUACCGACAGAAGCAAUUCUUGCGGACGAAAUGGGCCUCGGCAAGACUGUGCAGGCGGUGGUGCUGCUGGGGCUGCUCGGUCACCUGGACAACAACCCUGGACCCCAUUUAGUCGUAGCCCCAGCCUCCCUCCUUGACAACUGGCAGCGCGAGCUCCAGCUCUGGUGCCCGCAGCUAAGGGUGGUGCUGUACCAUGGCGGGCAGAGGACAGCGCUGCGGGAGCUCUACGGUGGGAAGGGGAAGAAAGGGAAGAAGGGGAAGAAGGAGCGGCGGAGGGAGAGGCGGAGGAAGGGAGAAGGAGGGGGAGAGGGAAGUGGAGGGGAGGGGGAGGGGGAGGAGGAGGAGGAGGAAGGGGGGAAGCUGGGAUUUGACGUGUUGCUGACGUGCUACUCACUGUUUGAGAGGGACAGCGCCGCCCAGAGGGACGACCGGAAGUUUCUGCGCAGGUUCCGGUUCUCGUGUGUUCUGAUGGACGAGGCUCACCUGCUGAAGGACCGGAGCAGCCAGCGCGCGAUGAAGCUGAGGCAGCUGGCGCAGGCGGCGGAUUACCGGUUGAUGCUCACAGGGACUCCGUUGCAGAAUGACCUUCAGGAGCUCUGGUCCCUCCUGGAAUUUCUCAUGCCAGCCAUAUUCAACGCCCACCAGUGCGACAUUGCAGAAUACCUGGGCAAGCGGGACCAGCCGUCCCAGAAGGGGGGAGGAGGGGGAGGGGCAGCGGAUGAGGGGCUGAUAGGGCGCAUGAAGGCCAUUCUGGGGCCGUUUGUUCUAAGGAGAGUCAAGGCGGACGUUAUGAAGCAGCUGGUGGCGAAAGUCCAGAAGGGGGGCAGACGAGACAAGGGAGGAGGACCAGCAGAUGAGGGGCUGAUAGGGCGCAUAAAGGCGAUCCUGGGGCCAUUUGUGCUGCGGAGGGUGAAAGCAAAUGUGAUGAAACAGCUGGUGGCGAAAGUGCAGAAGCUCGCCAACCACCCUCUCCUCGUCCGUCGCCUCUUCUCCGACGCAGCAGUCGACGAGAUGGCGUCAAUGCUUUUAAAAGUGCUCGCCAACCACCCUCUCUUGGUGCGCCGCCUGUUCUCCGACGCAGCAGUGGACGAGAUGGCGGCUGUGCUGCACGGGAGGGGCGUGUUUGGGGGGGAGUGCACGCGGCAGCGCGUGGUCGAGGAGCUGAGGGGCUACAGCGACUUCACGCUCAACCAGCUGUGUGCCGCCCACAGCGACGCGCUCUCCCGCUUCCUGCUCUCACGUGAUCAGUUCUUCCACUCCUGCAAGUGCCAGGCCCUCUCAACACUCCUUCCCAAGCUGAAAUCCGACGGUCACCGUGUGCUGCUCUUCAGCCAAUGGACGGCUGUGCUUGAUAUUCUGCAACACGUGAUGGGGCUGCUCGGAUUGACCUUUUUGAGACUGGAUGGCAGCACGCAGGUGGCACAAAGGCAAGCCCUGGUGGACGAGUUCAACCGGGACCCCUCGGUGUUUGCGAUGCUGCUUUCGACACGGGCAGGCGGGCAAGGUUUGAACCUGACCGGGGCAGACACGGUGAUUCUGCACGACGUGGAUUUUAACCCCCAGAUGGACCGGCAGGCGGAGGACAGGUGCCACCGAAUCGGGCAGACUCGGCCUGUAACUGUCGUGCGGCUCGUGACACGUGCCACAGUUGAUGAGGGCAUUUUGAACAUUGCCCAGAGGAAACUGAGCUUGGAUGCUGCUUUGCUAAGCGGUGGUGGUGAAGGCGAAAGUGCGAACGGGAAGGGGUCUGAAAAGGGAAAGGGAGGCUCAGAGGAAGCCCAGAGCAUGGCUGCAAUUUUGUCAUCAAUUCUUGCUUCUAAGUCCUGA